AUGAAAGUUAAAAAACUAGUAAGACACCUAGUAAUACAUUGUGGCGAGUUGGACAAAGCCCGGCAGAAAAGUCAGAUGGGAAAACAUCGCCACUCGCAAGGCGGUGCGCAGGGCUCCGUCAAAUUCGCCCAAUUUAAAAGGGUCAAUGUGUUUGGAUGUACGCAGGAAGUACAUCAAUUAGGGCAAACUGAGGGCAUUGCGGAUAAUAGUCAAGGCAUCAUGGGCCGAAAGACAGGAAACACGACCCAAGGCGAAUUUGAGCUCAGAGAGCUUUUGGUCAAAAAACUUUAUUUGGUAAUCGCCCUCGACCAAGAGUGUGCCUAA